GCGAUUGUAGAUCAGUCCUGGACUAGCUGUUGAAUUCCAUAUUCCUUGAGAUUUUCCAAGAACAAAGGGAUUUCGCCAGUACUUAUUUCCGAGAGCAUCAAAAUGACUGGAAAAAUCACUUACAAAGUUGCCGAUAUUUCGUUGGCGGGGUUCGGCAGAAAGGAAAUUACCCUCGCAGAAAAUGAGAUGCCGGGACUCAUGGCCAUUCGCAGGAAAUAUGGACCUCAGAAAAUCCUUAAGGGUGCGAGAAUCGCUGGAUGUCUUCAUAUGACUGUACAAACAGCUGUUCUCAUCGAAACCCUCACCGAACUCGGGGCAGAGGUACAAUGGUCUUCCUGUAACAUCUUCAGUACUCAAGAUCAUGCAGCAGCAGCGAUCGCAGAAACAGGAGUUCCAGUUUUUGCCUGGAAAGGUGAAACCGACGAGGAAUACACCUGGUGCAUCGAGCAAACUCUAGUCUUCAAGGAUGGAAAACCCUUGAACCUGAUCCUAGAUGAUGGAGGUGAUCUCACUAAUCUCGUCCAUUCUAAAUACCCAGAGUACCUGAAAGAGUGCCGUGGCAUCUCCGAGGAGACCACAACUGGUGUUCACAAUCUCUACAAAAUGCUCAGAGAGAAUAAAUUGAAAGUCCCAGCCAUUAACGUUAAUGACUCUGUCACCAAGAGCAAAUUCGAUAAUCUCUAUGGGUGUCGAGAGUCCUUGAUCGAUGGAAUAAAACGAGCAACUGAUGUGAUGAUCGCAGGAAAAGUCUGCGUCGUGGCAGGAUAUGGAGACGUGGGUAAAGGUUGUGCUCAGAGUCUUCGAACUUUGGGUGGCCGUGUCAUCAUCACAGAAAUCGAUCCCAUAAAUGCUCUCCAGGCUGCGAUGGAGGGAUACGAAGUCACAACCAUGGAAGAAGCAGCUCCCAAGGCUCAAAUUUUUGUCACAACAACUGGAUGCAAGGACAUCAUAACUGGCUCACACUUUGAAUCGAUGCCUGAUGACGCUAUUGUCUGCAAUAUCGGGCACUUUGACUGUGAGAUUCAGGUCUCUUGGUUGGAGAAAAAUGCUGUGGAGAAGGUCAACAUCAAGCCACAGGUGGAUAGAUUCAAGCUCAGCAAUGGCAGACACGUCAUUCUUCUCGCUGAGGGAAGACUCGUCAACCUGGGAUGCGCCACUGGCCAUUCCAGCUUCGUCAUGAGCAAUUCCUUUACUAAUCAGGUCCUAGCACAGAUCGAACUGUGGACCAAACCUGGGACGUACCCCAUUGGCGUCCAUAUGCUGCCCAAGAAGCUGGAUGAAGAAGUCGCUGCUCUCCACUUGGACAAAUUAGGCGUCAAGCUCACAAAAUUGACCCCUGAACAGGCAAAAUAUCUGGAUAUUCCUGUGAAUGGGCCAUACAAACCCGACCACUACCGAUACUAAAUAAAUUUUAAAAAGAAAUGGCAAUCGUGUGUGGAUUAUGAUAAGAGAUCUUUUUUACUGAAAAUAGUGCUGUGAAGUGAGCAUUUUCAUUGAUAAAGAUAAUAUUCAUUCAUUCAAGUGUUUUUUGUUUUACUCAACAACUCAAUAUCAGUCUUCUUUUUUGUUUCCUAUCUAUUUACAUUUAUUGAAGUGAUAAUCAGUGAAAUACUUAGCGAUAAAGAUCUCAUGGAAUGGGAGAAAAGCGUGAAACGAUUUGGUCCACCUGUCAACGUUCAUCCUGGUAUCAAGUUAGCAAGAUGGAUUCUCCUAACGACUGGAAUAAUUCAUGGCGUAACAAAAAAAUCGAAUUACAUUCACCUGGAGAAAAAACUUCAGGAAGGUCAAGAAGAAGCGCAAAUCAUAAAAGAUAAAUUCAUUGAGGAUGAAAAAUCAAGAAUUUUCCAUGAAGAAUCGGAAUUUCUGAGGGAACAAUUUCUUGGCAAAGGGAAAUCAACUGAUUCAGAGGCAAGGUCAAAUCAUGAAUGAGAGAAUUGAAAAUAUUUCGAUAAUACUCAGUAAGAAAAUGUGUAUUCCACAAUGUCCAUGAAGUACGUGAAAUCCAAUCAUUAACAUAAUUAA